AUGGUUGAUGAAUUUGUGGAGAACAUGACGCAAAAAUUUGAGAUGAGUAUGUGCGGUGAACUGAAGUACUUCUUGGUCUUACAGAUUGUUCAAUCAGAAAAAGGAGUAUUCAUAUCUCAAAGCGCCUACGCACACAGUCUGGUGAAAAUAUUUGGACUUGAAGACAACAAGAUUUCCAGAACGCCUAUGAGUUCUGCCUUAAAACUUGCACGUGAUGAAGCAGGAGAAGAUGUUGACUCAAAGCUCUAUCGAGGAAUGAUUGGCAGUCUAUUGUAUUUUACUGCGAGUAAACCAGAUCAUACGUUCAAUGUUGGUGUUUGUGCAAGAUAUCAAGCAAAGCCAAAGGUGUCUCACUUAAACGCCGUAAAGAGAAUCAUCAAGUAUGUCAAAGGAACGGAGAAUCUCAGAAUAUACUACUCAAAGAACUCAAAUGAAAACUUGGUGGGUUAUUACGAUGCAGACUGGGCAGGAUGUGCUGAUGACAGGAAAAGCACAAGUGGAGGAUGUUUCUUUCUAGGAAACAAUCUCAUCUCUUGGCUAAGCAAAAAACAAAAUUUUGUAUCACUCUCUACGGCAUAA